AUUAACUAACUUCACCCGCCGCGCCAAAUUUUGAUGACAAGCUCAUAAAAAUUCCACCAAGCAAGAUCAAAUUCCAACACCUGUUUUCUGUUUUCAUCUAACACCUGUUUUCAUAUACAAGAAAUGGGUUCUAUGCAGAGUUCUCAGAAGAGCAAAGAAGAGAUGGAAACUGCCAUGAAUAAAGCUAAGGAGAUUGCCGCUUCAUCCCCCGUCUUUGUCUUCAGUAAGACUUAUUGUGGUUACUGCAAUCGGGUCAAGGAUCUACUCAAACAGCUGGGAGCAGCCCACAAGGUCAUUGAAUUGGAUACAGAAAGUGAUGGGGGUGAGAUUCAAGCAGCAUUAGCUGAGUGGACAGGGCAAAGGACAGUACCUAACGUGUUUAUUGGAGGCAAGCACAUUGGUGGUUGUGAUUCUGUUUUGGAGAAACACCGGACAGGUCAAUUGGUUCCCCUUCUCAAUGAUGCUGGAGCCAUCCCGCUCAGCACUUAAUAGCCAAAUAAUAUAUCUGGCAGUACUUUUUUUAGGGAAUAUCUGGCAUUACUAUUUGCUAUAUAAUUUGUGGCGUUAUUUUGUAUGAAUAUAAUUUGCAAAACAAGCCUGUGUAAUACUGCACUUUAAUUGUGUCGGUGGAGAUAUAUCUUUUUGGUUAUUGUUUAAAUAUAAAACUGUGGUUCUUUAAGAUGAUAA